UUUUGCCGAACAGCUAGGGCUGCGCACUGCCAACCGCCCUGCCAUGCGUGCGAGCUGCCCCGAUGGUCUCUUCGAAAGCCACCGUUCUGGCAGCGAAACACCACCUCCAGCAUGCAUCCGAGACGCUCGGACAGCGCACACCGCAUCAGCGAGGGCAUGAUACACAAAGAAGAAAAAACACGCGGGCGAUAAAGGCAAGGGCGACAAUGAGUACGCACAGGACAAGAAGAUGAGGAACAGAACGAGGAGGGAAGAGGACCAAGGGAGAAGCAGGGAGAGGUGGGGGAGAGAGGCGACGCGCGCCAGCACAUGGGAGGCUCCACUCCCGGGGUGCCCCGCCGGCCAGCCCUGCCCAGCGGGGGCCACCGCCAGAUGCGGUGGACAGCUGGCAGGCAAGAUCCGCCACCGUGCCCUGAGGCACGAGCUGGCUUCGCCCUUGAAGCCUCAGUCCUCGAGGAGGAGGAGGAGGAGGAGGAGGUGAAGAUUAUUCGAGGGGCCUGGACCCCUAGCUCUCCAUCUUCGCCACGACCUCGCCAAACGUUUGGCCGCAGAGGCGCUUCCCACAAAGGCAGGUGCGACGACUAUUCGCCGUAGGCGUCUUCGAUAUCAAAUUCAGCAACCUCAAGAUACGCAAAGAGGCAGCCGACCGACGGUCAGGCAAGUAGCCGCACCUGCUCGAAACAGGGGCGUGGGGUCGGAGCCGGAGGGUCGGUCUCGGGGUCGGCCAUCAAUUGAGCAGGGACCGACCGUCCCGGCAUUCGCCUACCACGAAAUGUUCUUAAAACCCAAAAGCGUUCCAAGAACAAAAGCAAUGUUCUUAGAGCGUAAAC